UUUCGACGCCUGGUGCGACGUCAGACGCCGGGCAGUGAUGACGGUGGUGUGCGUCCGGCGAUGGCGGCCGCUGCUUCCUCGGACGGUGUUUGCGGCGGCUCGGGGAGGAGACGAUGGUGCGCGAGGGCCGCGCUGCGUGCAGGUGCAGGUGGGCCGCAGACAGAUGCAGAGAGGGCUAAGCUUGUCAGUGAUCUCUCUGCAUUAUAAUUCAAGAAGAAUGUCUUCGGUGGAAGGUCAAAAAUUCUAUUUUGAUACCCAUGCAGUUGUGCGACAUUUGGAAGAAUGUGGUUUCAGCUCUAAGCAAUCGGAGGUUGUGGUAGCUGCACUGAUGAGAGUCAUGAAUUCUAAUAUGGAAAUUACAUACAAAGACAUGGCGACAAAAAAUCAACAAGAGCUAAUGCUUCAGCAGAUUAUGUCUUACAUAGCAGCUGUAAAGAAAGACAUGAUUAUAUUAGAAAAGAGUGAAUUUUCAGCUUUGCGGGCUGCAAAUGAGAAACUGAAAAUUGAAUUGCAACAAUUAAAAAAGCAAUUAACUGAUGAAGUUGUCAAAGUUUCAUCGAACAAUAAACUGGACCUGAAUUUGGAAAAAGGUCGAGUCCAAGAAAUGUUAACAGAGCAUGAAAAGAAAGUGUUGGAAACCAAAGCAGAUAUAGUAGAAGUGCAUUCACAACAGGAAAGAGCUGUAACACAAGUGAACCAAAAGAUAGACACUGAAGUAGCAGGACUCAAAACUCUGUUGGAAUCACAUAAACUUGACACCAUUAAAUAUUUAGCAGGUUCAGUUUUCACAUGCCUCACCGUCGUGCUUGGAUUUUAUCGUCUUUGGGUGUGAAAUUUAAUCCCUCACUGGAUCUUCAUUCUGAAAGGAUUAGGAAGAGGAUCUGCAAGCAAGAAAGACAAUCUUUUGAAAUGCUGCAAGGAGCCAAGAAAUUUGCAUAUUGAUUAAAUAACUGUAUAUCUGUUAAGAGUUUUAAAAGUUAAAGAAUAUUAAGCCUUACAAAUUUAUUUUGAAAUUUAUUCAACCACUAAUGCAUACUGAGAUGUUGCUGAAAAUUUUGUACUAAUUCAUUUUGUUAUUUUUUAACAAAUGUAUUUACCAAAUGGUGUCAAGUUCUAUUGGGGAACAACAAAUUGAAUUAUAAAGGUAUCCACAGUUGCCAAGUGAUACAUAGUGUCAAGCUGCUAGUGCCUCUUAAUUACUAGUCUGUAAACAAGAUGUGCUUCCAAACAAUAAGCAGUGAUUGCUGAUUUAUAGCAAUAUUGUGGAAAUUUGAUGUCUAACCACAACAGUCAAAAAGACUUGAGAACCCCAAUUUUCUGAUUAAUCUUGACUUGUUUCCAAUAUUUGAGGCCCAGCAUGACUGUACUUGACUUAUUGAUAAACAGUCACUAGCUGGUGCUGGGAUUAGGCUUGCUUGUAUCAAAAUAUUUAAUGGAUCACCCGAGCAUAUCAUUGCUUGUGGUUAAGAUGAUAUGAGAAUCAUGCAAAAAAUUCAAAUAGAGAAAUAGGGCAGACAUGUGUGCCAGUUUCAUUAAAAAAUUGUACAGAUUUUGAUGAUGAAAAUCCAGACAAUAUAUACAAGAGCAUGCUGGAAAAACAUCCAACCAGACUAUCGGAGCUUAGAGUUGCAUGUCAACUUGUCCGUCCAAACAUUCGUCUGCAGAUAAAACUUUGUUUCAUCUUGAAAAUAUUUCCAUCUGUUAUUCAAGUUUAAAUUUUAAGACUAAUAUAUCAGGGGAAAUUCUUACUCUUUGGAGAGGAGGAGGAUGAGAGGAGACGUGAUAAAGGUAUACAAGAUAUUAAGAGGAAUAGAUAAAGUGGACAGCCAGCGCCUCUUCCCCAGGGCACUACUGCUCAAUACAAGAGGACAUGUCCUUAAGGUAAGGGGUGGGAAGAUCAAGGGAGAUAUUAGAGGAAGGAUUUUUUUACUCAGAGAGAGUGGUUGGUGCGUGGAAUGCACUGCCUAGGUCAGUGGUGGAGGCAGAUACACUAGUAAAAUUUAAGAGACUACUGGACAGGUAUUUGGAGUUUAGUCGGCACAACAUUGUGGGUCGAAGGGACUUUUCUAUGUUAAGACCUUGCAUCUGGUCUGGGAGUGCUGGGUAAGUGUUGUGCCUCUAUAUAUACACUGGAGAUCAAUUAUUUUCUGUGCAGAUUUUUCUGCCUUACAUUAAUGUGGAGGAUGAGUGAGAUUGACCUUCAGCAUCAAGUCUAAAUAGAUUUGGGACUGCAGAUCCAAUAAGAUAAAACCACUUUAAUAUAUAUUACUUUGAAUGCACUGAUACAGCCAGAUUAGGAAUUUUAAUCUACAGUUCAUAUUUUAAAUUUGGAACUUUAUUUUUAUCUCUGGCCCCAGUGAAACAAAAUAAUACUUUCUGUCAUUUUGUUGCCUCCGUUUUAUUUUAUCCUUUCAUUUGUAAUGUUUGUAAGAUCAGCAAUUAAAAAUAAAUUACUUUAACAGGA